UCGUCCUCUACUGAUUAUACUAGGUGCUAUUGCCCUCUUUGUUAUUAUCACAUUUGCCCUAGCUGCCGCUGCGCUUGGCACCUUGAACAAACGAUUCAAUGACCUUGAGAAGAAGCUGGUUACGACAACUACGCCAAUAAGUACAACAACAAAUUCUACACCAUCAGGAUCACUCGCGAGCAUUCUUGCCGAAACUGUUCGUAUGCAAGAUUUAUUGAUCCAUCUUAAACAAUUUGAAAGUUUUGCACGUGAAAACGGUAAUACACGUGCGAUAGGAACAGCUGGAUUCGCUCAAACAGUGAAUUAUAUAGAAAAUCAACUGAAAACUAACAGUUACAGUCAGCUUCAGGUUAUCCGUGAAACGUUUCCAAUACAAAACUUUUCCAUCAAAGGAGAUCCAAUCUUAAGUUGGUCUUCGAAUGGAAAGACUGAAAACUUCACCUAUUCAACGAACCUAUCUCGAACUGAUUUCACAUACGCGAAUUAUACAGCAGCGAUAAAUCUAACCAUCUACGAACUUGUCCAAGUUAAAAACUAUGGUUGUAACAAGGAUGAUUACGCUAAUACUACAGGUAAAGCUGUACUGAUCAUGGCUGGUGGGACAUGUACGUACGCGGAGAAGGGUGAACUUGCAGCUACGAAAAAUGUAUCAGCGUUGCUUUUCUACAAUCACGGUUCGACGACGUCAAGUCUAGCACCAGCAACGUUUCGUCUUCGUCAAGCUAAUAUCUUACCUGCACUCUCUUUGUCGUAUGCAGCUGGCCGAUCCUUAUUCAAUUUACUUAAUUCUAGCAAUUCAGUUAAUGUAACACUCGAGAUUCAACGCGAAAACUAUGGCACAUUUGACGUUCACAAUAUCUGUGCACAUACCGUCGAUGGAAACAGCACAAAAACGAUCAUGGUGGGCAGUCAUAGUGAUAGUGUACCGGCUGGACCUGGUAUCAAUGAUAAUGGUAGUGGAUCAGCAGCUAACCUUGUUCUAGCGUUGAAUUUAGCCCGUUUGUAUUCAUCUAACAGCUAUUCAAAGUAUCCAUAUCGGAUUCGAUUUUGCUGGUGGGGUGGAGAAGAAAUUGGUUUGACUGGAGCAAUUUACCACGUACAGCAAGCUCAGAAUUCAUCGACCCCAGACGACUUGAAGCUUUUCAACAAUUUAAUUAAUCUUAACUACGACAUGUUAGGUUCGCCAAACUAUAUAUUCGGUAUUUACAACGGUAGUUCAGCUAAAGCAGGUACAUCUCAAAAAGCAAUUAAUGGCAGUAUUCGAGUCUCCGAAGCGUUUCGUAACUGGUUCAAUAGUCAAAAUCUUCCAUGGGAUUACACUGAUUUUAGUGGCCGAAGUGACUAUGGACCUUUUCUUGCUGCCGGCAUUGCUGCUGGAGGCCUUUUUUCAGGUGGUGACGGAACCAAAACCGAAACACAACGUGAUAUUUAUGAAGCAAAAUUGGGUCAGGGUUACGGUGGUUUGCCAGGCGCCACUUACGAUCCAUGUUAUCAUAAGACAUGCGAUACGCUAAAGAACAUUGAUCAAUUCGGUUACUUAAAAAUGGUGCAAGCGGCUGCCUAUAUGCUCGAAUUUUUAGGUAAUCAAACUGAUCUGGUAACUUGGUUAUAUCCCGACGGGCGACCAACUCAAAUCCAAUUACCGGAAGAUUAUUUUCCGAACAGCGACUAUUAUGUGUAA